AUGGGUCGCCACCAUGAUGUGUCAACGGCAACUGUUAGUGCAUCCUCUAAAGGUCCUCUCUUCUCGCUUACGGGAAGGGGUGGUGAAGUUAAACGGGCCCGUGAGUUGAUUGCCUCCAUUGGGGGCACUGUUACUUCAAAUGAUAACAAGGCGGAUUACCUCGUUGCUGUAAAGGGCGCAGGGCGGCGUAAGGUGGAGGAUUUUUGCAACGCAAGGCAAAAUAAUUCUCCCACUGACAGUGGAAACAAGGUGGUCCUUCUGGACAUGUUGGAAGAGUGGAGCAGUAAUGGUUCUCUGCCUAAGCGACGUGUAAGAAUGGAAGACGCGGAGUUAACGAAUUUGUUCAGCGCAGCCGCGAACGAACGUGCACGGCGCUCGUAUGAAGUUCCUCCUAGUUUUCUGAAACGGUCCCGCGUAACACUCGAUGCGGAGGGAAGCGUGGUGGAUGAGUCAGACAACGCUGUGCUCCUUAAAUGCGGCCCAACCCGGUCUCAGUUAGGGAAGAUGACGCCGUCACCCUCCUCAGCUGCUACAGUGGAAACUGUACGUUGCAACGACCGAACGUCUCCUGUGAAGAAUGGAAAGGCAGCUGGGACUACGCGCUUCCGACCACUACUUCUUGAUGACGAGAGUCCUGACGAUCAACCGAGCCGGCAUCAAAAGAUGGCUACUGAAAUGAGUGGAAAGGUGAAUCCGAUGCGAUUAGCUUUCCGGCAGCGCCCUAAGCCCGACUGGGACACAUAUUUUUCGGAUCCUUCUGUAGAUUGCGGCGUAUUAACCACUGAGGGAAGCACCACAUCAACAACGUUUCACCACCCAGCUUGCUCGUCAAAAAGUAUUGGGUCGCAGCCCAAGGUGAAGCAUACCCGUAACGAAGCUAUAUCUGAUGGAAAUAUCGCAAAACAGAAAAAAAAUGGUGUCCUGUUACUGUUUGACACUAACAAGGUAAAUUCCAACGGUCGGUCUUCUGUGCCUCCCAAAAGCGGCCAACGGCAAAGGGGGACUGCAAGUAUUCACAGUUGUAGUGUUGGUACAAAAACCGCUUCGGUAUUGAGUAGGAGUGCAGGGAGUGCCAAAAUACCUCCGCGACAGUUGUCGACAGUACAGCAAAAAAAGAAAGAAGAGCAAAGCAUCAGCCACGCAAGCAGAAACGCACCGGAGGGGGAUCGAGGGCCACGCAUCGAGUGCCCGACUGGCACAUCUGCAUCACUCUGCCGAGUCGUGCCAACAGUCCGCAGAGCCAACGAAGACAGUGCGAGCAGCAAGAAGGCGGCAACCAGUGGGGCGUCUCGAAUGCCACCAUCACUUCCCCCUCGUCUCCAGGCCGCCUCAAAAUCCUCUCGGACUGACGGAGUCGUCACAACUACGGACGGAGCGGUACCCCCGUCUACCCGGCAGUCCUGGAACUCACGGCCAUCGUCGGCACCCGCAGCGCCCGCCAAACAAACUGGUGUUGCUGCCCGACGUUCAACGUGUUCGGAUCCAUUGCUAAAGCGCGUCCGCCAGAGCAUAUACUGCGAGGGCAUUUCCGAGGAGGCCUGUGCAGCGGUGCUUCAGCAGGUUGUGGACCGCGCGUGCCCCGUCAACUUUGACAGCAUCGCUGGCUUAGACACGUGCAAGCGUAUUCUGCAAGAAACCAUUAUUCUUCCGGCGAAAUGUCCACAACUGUUCACAGGUCUGCGCCGGCCUUGCAGUGGGUUGCUGCUUUUCGGGCCACCAGGAAACGGUAAGACAUUAUUGGCGAAAGCAGUGGCCAACGAGUGCAACACAACCUUUUUUAGCAUCUCCGCAGCGGCGAUUACUAGUAAAUGGGUGGGUGAAAGUGAAAAGAUGGUACGGGCGCUGUUUUCGGUUGCGCGCGCUCUUGCACCUAGCACAAUAUUUAUUGAUGAGGUCGAUUCGUUGUUGCAAGCCCGUGGGGCUGCGCAAGAGGGUGAGGGGUCGCGUCGAAUGAAAACGGAGUUUCUCGUGCAGAUGGAUGGAGCUGGGAACGACACGCAGAUGGCACGCGUAUUGGUUAUGGGGGCCACAAACCGACCAUUUGACCUAGAUGAAGCGGUAAUUCGCCGGUUCCCGAAGCGAGUGUUCGUCCCACUCCCCGAUGCCCCCGCGCGGGCACAAAUUCUACAAAAACUACUUAACACGGUGGAAACUCCAAAUACUUUGAGCUCAGAGGCGUGGGAGAGGGUCGUCAAACUUACUAGUGGCUACAGUGGGCACGAUUUGAGGCAACUCUGCGAAGACGCAGCGAUGAUUCCUGUGCGGGAGCUUGUGGCAGAGAAGCUACGAAAGGGGGAGAACUUGGCGGAGCACGCACACAACGCACUGUUGAGGCCGUUAACGCUCACUGAUGUUGAAGCCUGUGUUAGUGGAAUGAACCCCAGUUGUUGCCCGAAGCUAUUAAAUGCGUUGGAGGAGUGGAGCAAAACUUUCGGAAGUAAGUAG